AUGUCUGGGGCCAUGGAGAUGCACCCGGCUCAGACGCCUGCAAAGGAAGAUGUCGACUUUGUAGAGAGCACAGAAGCAGGCAUCCCAUCGACAUAUGCAGACAUCGUGUCUUCUCACCUUUCCAAGGCACACCGUGACUAUUUGAUGGAACGUCAUGGAACGCUGGAACUCGAUCCUAUCCCCAGCAUGGAUCCUGCGGAUCCUUACAAUUGGCCGUCGUGGAAGAAAAUUGCAAAUCUUCUCCUAGUAGCGUUUCAUGCGUGCAUGGGCACUUUUGCGGCUGCAGGCAUCAUCCCGGCUUAUCAAACAAUUGCGAGUGAUUUCGGUGUUUCGGUGAACGACGCGAGUUAUUUGACCUCCAUCCAAAUUGCAGUCCUGGGUGUAGCACCGAUUUUCUGGAAACCGUUAUCCAACCGCUGGGGACGUCGCCCUAUUUUCCUCCUUUCCUUAAUCUGCAGUCUCGUCUGUAAUGUAGGAUGUGCAGAAAGCACUAGUUAUGCGUCCACGGCCGUUUGUCGGGCUUUGCAAGCUUUUUUCAUUUCCCCUGCCUCAGCGAUCGGAAGUGCGGUGGUAAUGGAGACGACAUUCAAGAAGGACCGAGCACGGUACAUGGGUAUAUGGACGCUAUUGAUUACGCUGGGAAUCCCCAGCGGACCCUUCAUCUUUGGCUUCGUUACGUAUCGGUUGGGCUACCAAUGGAUUUACUGGAUCCUGGCAAUCAUCAACGGUGUGCAGUUCAUCUUGUAUCUCUUUUUGGGUCCUGAGACCCGGUAUAUUGGAGGCGACCAUAACCCCGAACAGCCCGCUUGGGUACGGGAGUAUGCCCAGCUCCGACGCAUUGACCCCUCUCCCUUGUCGUUCAAGGAGUUCUUCAGACCCCUGGGCAUGGUCACACAUCCUUGUGUUGCCAUCCCCACUGCCGCAUACGCCAUGGUGUUCUGUUUGGGAAACGUAAUGACCACUGUGGAAAUCCCCAGUUUGCUGCAGACUAAAUUCGAUUUGAAUGCCGAGCAGCUCGGACUUCAGUUCCUGGGUCCUAUCAUCGGAUCUCUUUUGGGUGAGCAGCUUGGUGGUGUGUUGUCGGAUCGCUGGAUGAAUUUGCGUGCAAAGAAAAUCCACCGCAAGCCGGAACCCGAAUACCGCCUGUGGCUCAGUUACAUUGGAUUUGUUCUGUGCAUUGUGGGCUUGAUUGUAUUCCUUGUCUGCACCCAAGAGUCGACGGAGGGUCACUGGAACUGGACUGUUACCACAAGGAAGCAGGUAGCGUCGGAGUAUACAUCACGUUUGUCCGCCAAAUUUGGGGAUUCCUCGGACCGUUCUGGUAAGUAUUGGAUGCAUCUCUGUGCUGGUCACAUAUGGCAAACGCUAAUCGAUAUCGUUCAGGUUCCCAUCCAUGUUCUCGAGUGUUGGUAUAGCACCGAGUGCUGGCAUUUGUGCGGCGCUCGUUGCGGCCGUCAGUAUCAUUCCGACUAUGAUCGUACACUGGCAAGGACGGAGCUGGCGUCCGCCCAUUGA